UGGGAGAGACGCGAUACUCUUCAGCUGUCAGCUCUCUCAUAUGUUGGAUGUUCUAGUCUCUUCAAGUUUUUCUAAAAAUCAGUGUCCCCAUAUGUGCAGUAAUAAAUGAAAGAGGAGAUUAAAUAAAUAGCCUAUGUACCCCUCGACAAAUCAGUAUCCACGAACAAUAAUAACUCAUUGAAAAAUAGUGAGGUUGAGUUGUAUUCAGACAACGUGUCUCCUGUCAUGUGUAACCGUGAGUGAAUUACAUCAAAUGAAAUUUCGACAAUAGUAAAUAAUGAGAAACAGAAAAAAAUACGACGUCAGUGCUUCAACUGAUAUAUGAAUGUUCAUCAUUAUUUUAUGCUGUCAUUUGAAAUGACUUCUUGAUGUUCUGGUUAAAUUCACAACAUGAAGCUUUUGCCAAAAUAAUAAGUCACAUCGAUUUAUUUAACGUUGGCGCACGACACGUAAUCGAACUGUUACGUAGAAAGUUGGAGGAUAAAUCGUAGAGGUGGAGAAUAUCGAUAGGAAUUUCGAGUAUCAGCUGGAUAUUUUUUUGAAGAAUUUUUAUCAAUGGUGAAGAAGAGGAAGAAGUGGAGCACUGGUGGAAAUGAUGCGAUACUCCAUCAGGCUGUGAGAUCGAGGAAAUGCGCUGGAGGGAAACGCCUUUUACGCGCUCAAGCAUUGAGAAUGCUAUCGGAAAAACGGGCUGAGGCUGAAAUAGAGGGUGAAACUAGUGGAGGUGGGGCUGUGACACCCGGAUUCUCCAAUGGUGAGGGCUCCAAGGAGUUUCUAUCCACCGGGCGAACUGGCAGACGGAAUGCCAUGCCAGACAUUCUUGGACAACAUGCUGACACCGACACUGCAGAUUUACCAACUCGUCUUGAACGUUUAACAACUGAAUCUCCACAUGAUGCACCAGGUACCAGUGGCAUAAUUCAGCCAUCGCCCUCGCGAGAACAAACGGGUUGAACUCAUUCGAUAAAAAAUAACUGUAAAUUUCAUGACAAAUAUUGUGAGCCUGUCUCCACUCAGGGUGUGGGGGAUUCCCCUGGGCUGCAGACACUUUGACAAUUUCGUAUUACUACGAUAAAAUAUUUAAUUUUUUCCUCCAACAGCUGCUAUAAACAAUUGAAAAAUAUAAUGGGAGAGAACAAUGGCGAUGUGAAGUGGGACAAGUCAAUUAUUAAUUCUCUAGAAUAUCGAUUUAUCUCGGGGACUAUUAGGAAAAAUAUUGCGAUUUUUUUUCUAGGAGAAUGGAAUCAACGCGAGUUAAUAGUCUCCGCGAGGAAUUUAUAUAAAAAUAUUUAGUGUCGACUUAUCUCACUUUAUUUACUGCCCAUUGUAUUUUUUUAAAUUCACGCCGAUCAAGUCAAGAUAAGACUCCCCUCUAUUUAUUUAUUUAUUCGUUAGUUAACGACUGUGAACAAAAAAUUUUUAGUAUUAUCACGAGAAUCUCAUUGCUCUGACUUAGAACUUUGGAUGUUAUCAUUAAAAAAUAUCUUGACAACACGUGGCCUACAUUCUCGCUGUCAAUAACGAAUACCAGAGUCGCACAAUUGAAUGGAAAAAUAAUGAAUUGAGUGAAUCGACAUCGGGAUCCCACAAAAUUAUGUAUUUUUUCAUGGGCGAGAAAAUUUUAUCGACGAUUCAAAUGGUACUUAUAGACGGAGGACCCGUAGCAACGAGUGUUACUAUUUUUACGUUAUGAAUCGAUCGAUCGGGCAAUGUAGAGAGUAGAACGCGUAUUCACAUUGUAUUCCAGAAAAUGCCAACGCCUGCAUAAUAGGAUGUCACAAGGCGUCUUCUCUUAAUUGAAAAUACAUCUCUGUUGAAUUUAUUCAAAGGAAUAGGUUUAAUCCAGACAUUGCUACGGCCUCCUUUUCAUAAACUUGUCAAAUGUAUUUUUAAUCGAUAAAUUUUUAUGAAAAGCUGUUGUAUUUGCUAUGCCAAGCAAGUUAAAACUAUCGGAAUUAUUUAAAAACUUAUUUAAUAUUAAUAAACUGCACCGAUUUUAUCGGUACGUAGAAAUAUUAAAUAGUUACAAUCAGCGAUGGACAAAAUUAAAUACUCCGUUUAAUAUUUGGUAUUCAAUCCAGUGAAAUAUAAAUAUUUAAUGAAAAAUAAUUGGGAUUUAGUAUUCAAUAAAUACUUUUUGCCUACGAUUGAUCACAACACUUGAUAAAAUUCAGUAGAAAACUUUAGAGAAUUUUCAAUGGAUAAUUUAUUGCGAAUCUCCAAAUGAAUCUUAAAUUUUUAUCAUUGCUGUUUGGGUUUUUAAUAAAAAUUCUUCCAGCACUUCAUUCUAGUCAAUUUCGGCAAGUUGAUAUUAUUUUUAACUCAGGGCAUGUUUUGGGGAGAAGUUAAGGGAUGAAUUGAGACAAUUAUUUUAGUACCGAUUGAUAUUUAUAAUUGCAUGCAAGAAUGGUGCCACAAUGAAUGACACGUUUCCACUAAUUUUUUAUAAAUGAAAGGGGUGAGUGGAAAAUAAACCAGUGUAGGAAAUAAGGAUAUUGCAAAGUUUGUGAUGAUUGUACUGGAUAAAUAAAAGGUUGUUUUUAUAU